AUGAAAAAUUCAGUAAUAUCAUUGUUUCUAGGAGGGAUUUCGGUUCAAUGCACUCCAUAUUGCUGCUCGUCAUGGGAAGGUUGACGUGGUGGAGAAAAUCUUGCAGCUUGUUGGUGAUACAGCGUUCUUAGCCGAUCUUUACGGUACUUCUGAGGACGAUGCGCGGUUUCGUGCAGAAAAUAUCAUUGCAUCAUAUCUAAAUACUCCUGACAAGGGAAAUUGCGAUACUCCCCUCCACAUUGCUGCUAAGUUUGGGCAUGUCGAGGUUGUUAGAGCACUGGUAGGCCAACCAUUACUGGAUAGGCACUUCUUGAACAAAGAGGGACAAACCGCUUUGGAAGUCGCUUGUGCCCGUUAUACAGGAAGUGACAAACGGGAACGAAAAGCUGAAAUGGAACUUUUACUUGGAGGCUUUUUCGUCGCACUAUACCGCUCGACCGAUAACAGCAUACCACCGAAAGUUAUUCAGACAGAGAGUUUUCCAGAGCCAACUCUAUGUAAUGAUGUCAACGGGGUUUGUUCGCCUAUCUUGCCAGAUUUCAAGUUGGCUGCCUAUGCUGGUCCAUUUGGUAGCGAAAAGAAAGCAGCAGAGUUUUUCACUGCAUGGAUUAGCUCUGAGAAACAUCUGAGGCUCACUGAUACAGAUAAGGGCUAUGAACGUGUUGGGCGUGAACUCAGCACGAAGCACAAG